UGUAAACACUUGGUGGCCCAAUGGAUAUGGCGAACAGCCACUGUACAAUUUAAGCAUAGAAUUUGAAACUAAAAAUGAUAAUGUCCAAUCAAGAACAAUUUCUAUAGGGUUCAGAACAGCUGAACUUAUCCAGAAACAAAUUGAUAAAAAUGAUCCAAGCUUGGGAUUGUCUUUUUAUUUUAAAAUUAAUGGUGUAGCAAUAUUUGCUAAAGGCACUAAUUACAUUCCGGCCAAUGUAUUUCCUGAGAAAAUGAAUGAUGAAAAUGUCAUAAGUAAUUUGUUAACUGCAGCAAAACAAGUUCAUAUGAAUACCAUUCGUGUWUGGGGUGGCGGAGUGUACGAAAGUGAUAUUUUUUACAAAUUAUGUGAUAAGUUAGGUAUAAUAGUAUGGCAAGAYAUGAUGUUUGCUUGUAAUAUGUAUCCAGCAAAUCAUGAGUUUUUGGAAACAGUAGGGGUGGAAAUAAAACAACAAAUUAGAAGAUUACAACAUCAUCCUAGCAUAAUAUUGUGGGCUGGUAAUAAUGAAAACGAAGCUGCGUUGAGAGGCAAUUGGUAUGGAACUAGAAACAAUUAUUCUAUGUUUGCUUCGGACUAUAUUACUCUAUAUGUCAAUACAAUAAAAAAAAUAGYAAUGGAAGAGGAUAAAACAAGAAAUUUUGUGGUGUCAAGUCCCACUAAUGGCUUAAAAUCUGAAGAAGAAAAUUAUAUAGCGGAAAAUCCAUAUAGCGCAUUAUACGGAGAUGUACAUUACUAUAACUAUGAGGUUAAUAGUUGGAGUUCAAUUUUUUUUCCAUGGACUAGAUUUGCAUCAGAAUAUGGGCUACAAUCUCUACCUGCAUAUCAGACACUGCAAAAAGCAUUUGAUAUAAAUGAUUUAAUUAAUUUUCCUUCACCAGCAUUAAUUCAUAGACAACAUCUACCUUUAGGAUAUGGUUUCAUGUUAUAUCAAAUAGAAAUGAAUUUACCUGUACCACCWAAACCUAGUGUUAGUGAUUAUGUGUACUUGAGUCAAAUUGUUCAAGCUAGGGCUAUGAGAAUACAAACAGARUGGUAUCGAAAACAUAGAAAUACAUUAUUAAAAGAUGGUAGAGGUUUAACAAUGGGUGCAUUAUAUUGGCAAUUAAAUGAUGUAUGGCAAGCACCAUCUUGGUCAUCAAUAGAUUACGACCAAAACUGGAAAAUGUUACACUAUUCUGCAUUAGAUUUUUUCUCACCAACAAUCAUAGUUCCAGAGUUAGAAAUUUCAAAUAAUUUAACAAUUUAUGUUGUUUCUGAUAUUUUAGUGGAUUUGGAAGUAAUUUUUAAUGUGGAGGUAUACAGCUGGAAAAGCAAUAUACCACUCUCUACAUACAUAUCAGAUACUAUAUUGUUGAAAAAUAAUAGUGCCCAGUUAAUUUUAAAUGAAAACUAUUUUAAUUGGUUAAAAGCAAUAACACAGAAAUGUGGUCAAAGCAAAGACCAACAGAUGAGAUCUUGUUUUUUGCACACAAAGCUAUAUUAUAAUAAUAUAAAUAUGACAGAGGCGUCUCCAUCAAAUUACCUGUUCCCAACUGCAUUCAACAAAAUAAUUGGUUACGAGACACCUAAUAUAUCGGUUUCCAGAAUUUGGCAAGAAAAAAGAAAUCAAAUAAACGUAAAAUUGGAAUCAACAGGAAUAGGUUUGUUUGUUUGGUUAAAUGUCACUCAAGUCGAUGGAAACUUCAAUGAAAAUGGAUUUGUUAUGUUAAACAAAACAAAAACAGUGAAAUAUACAUCAAACAAAGAUAUUUCAUUAAAAAAUUUUAAUUUAAAAAUUGAACACCUUAGAACUAAAUUUAUAUAGAUUAAAAAUUAUACAUC